UCUGUCCAUUGUCUUCUCCUCGGACAUUGUGUGUACAGUGCUAUAUAUAUGGUAACGCUCUGUUCAUUCAAUAGAAAGAGGCUGGAGUGACGGUGAGGGGAAGCAGCAGCAUGAAACUUUUCAUCCUCUUUUGCUGCCUUGCAUUGGCAGAUGCCUUUGCAGAGCAAACAAAGUACACGUACCGGUACGAGAGUUUCCUUAAUCCUGCAAAGAUUCCAAACCAGGAAAAUCAGAUAGCCAAGCUUCACUUGAAUGGAACCGUGGAUUUACACAUCCUGAGAAAUGGAAAGGCUAUCAUCGAGGUCAAGGACAUCAGCAUCUACGAAUGCCUUUCAGACCCCAAAAACAUGAGCGGAGUAAAUGAAAGGUUUUCAGAAUUCAGCACCAAAUUGAGCCGCCCAUACCUGAUGAAGCCAAUCAAAUUCGGCUACACCAACGGACUGGUACAGCAAGUCUUUGCACCAGAAGACGACCCAUCCUGGUCUGUCAAUAUGAAGAAAGGUAUCCUCAACAUGUUGAGCGUUGAUGUCCAAGGCAAGGAUCAAGAGACUGGUCUUAAAGAUUUCUUCAACAAAGAAGAGGAUACUAUCCUUGGCGUUUGUCAAACAUCGUAUAGCAACAAAUACUUUGAAAUUGUUGAUGCACGUGAAGUGAGGAAAAGAAUUGGAAUGAAUUUCACAAAGACCAUCGAUAUGGAGAAAUGCACUGGUCAUAAUUACGAUAUCUACAACAAAGUUGUCCAAGGCAGAAAUCCGGAUCAGGAUUCGAAUCCACUGAAGACAACAGCAACGAUCAAGUACAACAUAACUGGAACUGAAACCCAGUUCACGAUUGAAGGUGUCACUGCCCAGGGUGUCUAUGUUCUGUACCCAUUUUCCAAACAGGAAGAAGGCAUCCCUACUGAAUCUCUUCAAACACUUGUUCUCUUGAAAGAAGGUGUCAGCAACUUUGAAAGCGAAUACUCACACCAUCUUGCAUGGAACCAACGUGGAAAACUAAUGAUGGAAAUGCCAUCCUUCCAUAAGCCAGAGGUUAUCCCACCACUUUCACAGAGCGAACGGGAUAACAAAGCAACCUACAUCUGCAACGCUAUCAAAAGAUUCUCAUCAUUGAUUCCAAAGGGAAAGCCAGUACAGAGUGUAAUCCUUCAGCCUGAAAUCUCAACCAUUUAUAUGCAAGUUGUCAACAACCUGAGAAUGUGUGAUCUUACUACAUUGUCUGGAGUGUGGGCAAAGUGUGCAGAUGAAGAUUCAAUGAGAUGGCACGUGUACGCUUUGAGUCUUUGUCACACGGAGUCAUGUAUGGAGUCGAUGAGAACAAAGGUGGAGAAAGUAAAAGAGGAAGACAUUUUGACGUAUUUGCAGGGAAUCAGUUUUAUUGGUCAGCCAACCCGAUCUAUUGUAAACAAGAUGCUGAAAUUUUGCAGUACACCAAAGAUUGCAAACAAUCCAGAACUUUUCAAAGCUUGCUGGAUCAGCUCAAGCAACAUUGCAAAGGGUUACUGCAAGGUUGAAACCAUGUGCACAUCAUGGGUCGAGGGCUCUGUUAAAGAUGCGUUACUACAAAUCUCAAAGCCACAAUGUUAUAAGGAUAUCCACAAUUGUCAACCAAUCCAUGGUCUCACAGUUCAUACUGUUAUGUCGAUUGCUGAGAAUCACGGACGACCAUCGUACUUAGCUGCCCUUGAAUGCAUCAUUUUGCUCCCCGAAGUGCCAACCAGUGUCAAAAUGCACGCCAUUAACUGCCUCAGGCCAAUCAUCAGACAGUCACCAAGAAGGGUGCAAAUUGUGCUCUUAAGGCUGUUCCGUGAUUUCAAAUACGACAGCCAGAUGCGCACUCUUGCUCUCUCGGUGAUAAUGGAGAACCCCCAUCCACACCUUAUCCAGCUUUGUGCCCGCCAGAUCUAUGUUGAGCCAAGCUUGAACAUCAGGAAAUUUGCCCAUGAAUUGUUCACUCAAUGCAGUGAAUCAGUAAUCAAAUACAACAGAACCAUUCGUCACACAUGCAAAUCAGUUCUCAAACUUUACACCAAGUCGUAUUUGCCUUCUCCAAUGGCGAACUAUCGCAGUCUUCACAUGAACGGCCAACUGAAAAACCAAAGACUCAACCUUGCCAGCGAACUUGAAGGAAGCUGGAUUGCAAACAACAACAGCUACGUCCCAAGAUACUCUCAAGCUAGACUAAGAGCAUCGAUUCUUGGAAGGAAGUUCGAGGUUUUUGAUUCUCAAGUCUACAUGCAAGGAAUUCAAGACUACAUAGACUGGUUGAUUAGCUUGAUCAGUCAAUACACUGACCACACAAGUGAAGAAUCAAAGCCUGUCAAAAAGAAAAUGGAUGAAAUCAAUGAAAGGACCUUUUACAAACCAAAAGAGCCCGAGGAUCUUGUAUACGAAGGAAGCUUAUCACUCUUUGACAAAUUGGUGAACGUUAGGAGUUUGAACUUGAGCAGAGACGUUGGGUUUGUGGAACACUUCUUUACACACCUUAAGCAAAUAAUGAAAAUCAUCAAACAGCUAGAAAAAGGGGAAACCUGGACAUGGACUAAGCCUCUCAUGCCUGUCGAUCUGAUGUACAGAAUGCCAUCCCUAACAGGAAUACCUCUUGUGUUCAAUAUGACAAGUAUUUUUAUCCCUUAUGUGAGAUCAAAUGUUGAAGUAGAAAUUACACCAGAAAUUUCUUCACCAUUGGCCCUGAUCAAGGGUAAAAAGCUGGAGGAAAUCGAACUUUCUGGAGUCCAGCAGCUCAGUGCAAUCGCAGAGGUUCGUGGCACAAUCAAGUUCCCAUUGCCCUUCAUUGAGGUUGGUGCUCAGUGCAGGAAGAUCAUGAAUAUUUCAAUGCACUUCGAAGGAGAGGUUGAAUACAAUUUUAAAAAAAAAGAGUUCAAACAAGAAAUCAAACUGCCAAAGAAUAUGCGAGAAGCAUUUUACACAACCACAGAAGCAUUCCAGUACAUCAAAACUACGAAGGAGCCAAUGCGAAAAUUGGACAUUGAAGCAGAUCAGUUUGGAAAGGUCCAAAUCAUCAAUGUCACGCAACCCUGUGAAGGCCAUUGCAGAGCAGAAGAAUGGGUUAUUCGAACAACCACUGGCAAGUACUUGUCUGUGCAAGAUGGCAAAAUCGUCUUGAAACCACAGCCAUUCAAGUUCAAGGUUAUUUUCCACGGAGUCAACCGAAGAAUCAUCAGCCUGUAUGUACCAGGCCAGGGUUACGUCGUCAUGUCAAAGAAGUCGCCAUGCUUGUUUGUGAAGCCAACCUCAAAUGGGAAAUAUUUUAUUGUAGAUUAUGAGAACUUGCAAAACACAUUGAUCAAAGCUCUCGUGCAUUUAGAGAAGGUUCCAGAAGGCUGGGGAUUGCCAUCAUCAGAUGAAAUACAGGAAAUUAGAAAUGCAGGAAGGCUGUUCAUGCAAGAGCAAGUUGUUAUCACUGGAGAAGAGUACAUUGAAAGAGAACUGAUCGAGCCAUCAAAGCAGUAUGUGAGAAUGGCCUACCUUGCACUGACGGAUGCUUCUAAAGUCUGCUUAACUCCCAAGAAACAACAAGCACUGAACUUCACCACUGAACGUCAAACAAAUUUCACAACCCUGCUCAACAGAUAUUCAUACUCAAACCGCACCUGUAUUGGAGUACCAUGGGGAUUCAAUCUUUGCCUUCAUGGAUAUUACCCAGUAAGCAUUGCCCGCACUCCAGUAAGCUUCAUCUGGACUCCAUCGACAAUUCGUGUAACAUGCAGUCCAGAUCGGGAAAACAACGCUCGAGAGAUCAAAAUGGACGUCACCAGGGUAAGAAAUACAGAAACAGAACUAGCAUAUGGCCUCCUUGUGAGACUGGAGGGUACGACUAAAAUCGUUAGGGGUGCAGCCACUUGGUACAAAAAAGAAAAACGAAUAAAGAUGCGCGUGACACCUUCGGAUCCAAUGCUUUUAAGAAUGUCAAAGUUGUGCUAUGAUGAACAUUUAAAACCAGACAAUUAUUCAUUGAGAAUAAGUGUCAACGACAAAGAGUGCAAAAGAGUCAACUUAGAGGCUGACUUCUUGGCACCAAAACAACAACCACGUCACCAAAUGGCUUUCAGAUUGAAAUACACUACAGAGGGCCUACCAAGUUUCUGGCGACAAGCUUUGUGGUAUACUGACCUCUUUGUUGUGAGACCAAUCCUGAGAUAUUCCAGUGACUACUGGUACAGCAACAUGGCGGGAUAUCAGAAGUUGACCCAAUGGAACUUCGACGCCACCAUCGAUGGCACAGCCUACUUGCAAUACCUGCUUACCAGCAAUGAUACUGUGACACGGAAAAUCGUCUCACCAUCUGAAGUUUGGGUGUGGGAGAAUAUCAAAGCGACAAGAUAUAUGUCUUCAUUUCCAAAAGGAUCGAAGCAAAUUUCCCUUUUAUUCAAGUUUUACUGGGUCAAAGGCAAAGUAAUGUGCAGACAUUGGAAUUCUACUUUUGGAACACUGGACAAAAAAGUUUUCCAUUACGACAUGAGAGGAAUGUGUGAUCAUAUCCUGCUCCGCAGCUGCUUCAAAAACAUGACACAGCUCAUGGUCAUGACAAGAAAAUUGACAGAUCAGCCGACAUCUAUCCAGAGAGUUUUAACAACAUUGAUUGAAGAAUAUGAAAUUACCUUCAUUCCAAAGAUGAAGAGCUUUGAACAACCUACAAUUAAAAUUAACGGAAAGACAACGACUUUGAAGGAUGGCAAGCUCGAAAUCUGGAAACAGAAAAAGCCAUGUAUUUACAUAUUCUGGGAACCUGAAAUAGCAAUAGUCACCUUGUGGCACGUACCAACCAAGUUAUCUGUCGCACUUGUCAAAGGCUACAAGGUACGCACUUCAGUUGGGUCGUCGUUAUUUGGCAAAGUUUGUGGACUCUGCGGAAAUUUCAACGGAGAGCAAAGGUUUGAGUUCAGAACACCAGAAGGAGAGCUUAUCCGUGACGUACAGCGACCAAAACUGUACGAUCCAGAGCUUGCAUUCUAUGAAGAACGCCACUUUGGAAACAGCUGGAUUGUCCCAGGAAGAAAAUGCGCCAAGGGAGAAUGCAACUUCAGACGUGAAUUCAUCAAGGUUGAGCAACAGAACAAGUACUGCCUGACCAAAAUAAGAGUGCCCCAAUGCCAGACCAAAUGCACCAUAAAAACAAAGGAAGACCUGAAAGCUCCAGUUAUCUGUGUUGCAAAGAAUGAAUCUUCACAACUGCACAGUCAGCUGGUGUCAGGACAGCCACUUACACUGGCCACUGCCACUGACCACUUGUUGCCAGUCAGUCUGCCAAUUGAGUGCAACUGCCCUUGCAAAAACAGUGAUGCUUAUGCUUUUGAAGAUCAUCAAGGCUAAUGCAUAAUGGAACAUGAAGAAGAACUGCAGGCGUUUUUGUAUACGAUAUUUUAAUUUAUAGUUGAAAGUUGCAAGAUUGUGAAGACAAUUCGGAUUUAGAUUUAAUAACAGCAAAUAAACUGUUUUUGAUUGAUUGA